CUCUGUCACAUUAGCCUUUGACUUGCAAAAUGAAGGACCGGCUCCCAGACCUUCUGGCGUUAACCAGGCAGUGUGACCAGCAGUCCCCAGGCGAGGUCGAUGACUUGGACGCGCCCCACGGGGACAUCGUGUUCGAGACGGAUUACCUCCUGGAGUCCUUGUAUCGGGACGUCAAGGACCUUCAGCAUGAAAACCAGCAGCUGAUGGGCGACGUGAAGCGGCUGGGCAAGCAGAACGCUCGCUUCCUCACGUCCAUGCGGCGCCUCAGCAGCAUCAAGCGGGACACCAACUCGAUUGCCAGGGACAUCAAGGCGCGGGGCGAGGGCAUCUACCGCAAGCUGUGCGCCAUGAAGGCGCUGAGCGAGGCGGCCGAGGCCCAGCACGGCGCGCACUCGGCCGUGGCGCGCAUCUCGCGCGCGCACUGGAGCGCGCUCUCCCGCGCCUUCCAGAGCGCCAUGCACGAGUACAGCGAGGCCGAGAUGAAGCAGCGCGACAACUGCAAGAUCCGCAUCCAGCGCCAGCUGGAUAUCAUGGGCAAGGACGUCUCGGGCGACCAGAUCGAGGACAUGUUCGAGCAGGGCAAGUGGGACGUGUUCUCCGAGAACCUGCUGGCCGACGUGAAGGGCGCGCGCGCGGCCCUCAACGAGAUCGAGAGCCGCCACCGCGAGCUGCUGCAGCUGGAGAUCCGCAUCCGCGACCUGCACGACCUCUUCAAGCAGAUGGCCCUGCUGGUGGAGGAGCAAGGCGACACGGUGGACACCAUCGAGCGCAACGUGGAGAAGACCCUCGACUACACCGGCCAGGCCAAGAUGCAGGUGGGCAAGGCGGUGGAGUACAAGAAGAAGAACCCCUGCCGGACCCUCUGCUGCUUCUGCUGCCCCUGCCUCAAAUAGCAGGCCGGGCCGGGGGCCACCGCGCCCCGUCCCCCCCGGGAAUGGGCCAGGAAGCACGCUGGGAAAGAUUGGGGCCCUCUGCGCUGGGGUGAGCUGUCCCAGUCCCCGUGGGCCUCAGUCUUUAGAGAAAGAAGAAACUCAGGGUCCAAGAAUUCCAGCUCAGCUGUGCUUGGGAGGAUGGUUGAUGCCGUCGGUGUUUCUUCAGUGAGGGCAGAGACCUGCUGGAGCUGUGUG